AUGAACAAAGGAAAAUCACCAGGAUCCCACGAGAGUGCCAUGAAAAGACAACCAAGAGAUGCCAAGAAAUUUCGCUACUCACAUUGGAACAGAGAAGUUCUGAAAGGAUUUCCAAACGAUAUGGAAGUUUCAGAUCUCUUGCCAAGGAAGCCUAGUUGUUACAUCCAGAAGAAUGCUUUGAAAAAUAAUGUAUCAAACAAAGGCAUUAGCAAUAUCUUUAUCAUCAACAACAAUAAUACGCCAAAGAUGUUCAUUAAUGCCUUCAACAUCCUUGUUGCUAUCAAGCAAACGAGAAACAACUCUCAACACACGGCAAUAAGCUGGAUGGGCAGCAGAGUGUGUGCAGGAACAGAUCCACUGGAGGAAGAAUUCCUUACUUUCAAUCCCAUCCCUAAAGACAUUUGGUAA